CGACGCCUACAUCGCUCAUCUUCCUAUAUAUAUUUAGGUUCGAUACUAUUAAUACCUAACCCUCCUCGCCAAGAAACCCUCUCAUUAGUCGACGACGACGGGGCCCUUCCCUUCCUCUUCUAUCGGUCCGACCCCUUCUAGAUCGCCUGUCCCCGGCGCCGAUCGUCCUGUCGCGGCAGAUUCCCCUUGAUUCGAGUUACAGGAUGGUGUCUGCCAAUCAGGAAAUGGUGGUGUAUUGCUUCGACACCCUCAUCGCCCACUACAACAGCGAGCAGGCGCCGCCACCGGGUUUCGAGGAAGGCCAGCACCCACUGUUUGUUACAUGGAAGAAAGCAGUCAACGGAGCAGAACCUCGUCUGCGUGGGUGUAUUGGAACUUUGGAAGCCCGUUGCAUAGUCAACGGCUUUAGAGAUUAUGCAUUAACAAGCGCUCUGAGGGACCGCCGAUUUCCUCCAAUACAGGCUAAAGAAUUGCCUUAUUUGGAAUGUACAGUAUCUAUUCUAACUGACUAUGAACCUGCUCUUAAUUACCUUGAUUGGGAGAUUGGAAAGCAUGGCUUGAUCAUCGAAUUUACUGACCCUGAUUACAACACGAGGCGUAGUGCGACAUACUUGCCUGAGGUUGCUGCCCAUGAAGGUUGGACUAAGACGGAAGCCAUCGAUUCACUCAUGAGGAAAGCAGGUUUCAACGGUGUUAUAAGUGAGUCACUUCGCAACCGACUUCGCGCUACCCGCUACCAGUCCACCCUUUACACCAUGCACUACAGAGACUAUGCCUCUUAUGUCAAGAUGACCAGGGGUAUUGGCCCUUUAGUUAAUGGGGCCAAACCCAUCCAUUGAUUCGCCAGCAAAAAUUCAUUGCUGGAUCUGUGAAGGUACAGUUAAAACUUGAUUUAGUGGCAGCUGGGUUGAAUUACCCUCCUGCUUAUUUAUGAUGCAUUCCGAGAUUCAAGGGAAAGAUAAAUCUGUAAGUGACCCUAAUCGCUGCAUGUUAAAAACUUUAAACAUGACUUUUGAUGCAAGCUGCAAACAGUACAAUGUAUUGGAUUAAUGCCUCAUUUGCUUCCA